GCGACCGACCGACAAGGACCGUCUGCCGGCUGAGCACCUCGUCGAGACUGCGUUGCCGGCCUUCUAUAGUACAGCUCCACUGCACGCCGGCUACACCAUGCGGGUCCGCUGCGAGCUGGGCCGAUGCGAUCAAGGACGCAUUUCCCUGGUCUCAAUACGACAACAACACAAAGAGGCCACGCGCUCCAAAGGUCGCGCGACCUCGUUGAAGAAUGGUUGGCGGUUGCGUGGGCGACCCGGAGGUAGGACGAGCGGAUACGCGUACGGCGCCCUGGCAUGCGGCGGCGCUGUCGACGCGGCUGGGCUAGGAUGAUGCACCUCGAUGCUGCCAAGGCGUGGCGCUCAAGCAGCUCGGGGCAGGACGAUGCGUUGGUGGACGCCUAAGAUACGCAUCCGGAUACUGCUUGUGGAAUUUCGGACAUUUUGAUUGGAACUGCAUUCGAUAAAAAUCCAACCACAGAAAUCCGACAAAAAGCUCAUGAGCGUGAAGACGACAACCGAGGUCCGUGACAUCACGCGCAUCGAGCGCAUCGGCGCCCACUCGCACAUCCGCGGCCUUGGCCUCGACGAUGCGCUCGAGCCGCGCAACGUCAGCCAGGGCAUGGUCGGACAGACGGAGGCGCGCAAGGCCGCGGGCAUCGUCCUGCGCAUGAUCGAAGAAGGCAAGAUUGCUGGCCGCGCGAUCUUGCUUGCGGGCAAGCCGGGCACGGGCAAGACGGCGAUUGCGAUGGGCAUUGCACAGGCGCUGGGCGAAGACACGCCGUUCACGACGAUUGCCGGUAGCGAGGUCUUCUCGCUCGAGAUGAGCAAGACCGAGGCGCUCACGCAGGCGUUCCGCCGUUCGAUUGGCAUCCGCAUCAUGGAAGAAACCGAGAUCAUCGAAGGCGAAGUCGUCGAGAUCCAAGUCGACACGCCGACGGGGUCGGUCGGCGACAAGGUCGGCCGCCUCACGCUCCGCACGACCGAGAUGGAGACUGUCUACGACCUUGGCACCAAGAUGAUUGACCAGCUCACAAAGGAAAAGAUCGAGGCCGGGGAUGUCAUUACGAUCAACAAGGAGAGCGGCAAGAUCUCCAAGCUCGGCCGGUCGUUCACGCGCUCCAAGGACUACGACGCGAUGGGUCCGCAGACGCGCUUCGUCCAGUGCCCCGAAGGCGAGCUGCAGAAGCGCAAGGAAGUCGUCCAUGUCGUGAGCCUCCACGAGAUCGACGUCAUCAACUCGCGCUCGCAAGGCUUCCUCGCGCUCUUUGCCGGCGACACGGGCGAGAUCAAGGACGAGGUCCGUGAGCAGAUCGACACCAAGGUCAACGAGUGGCGCGAAGAAGGCAAGGCGACGAUCGUCCCGGGCGUCCUCUUCAUCGACGAGGUGCACAUGCUCGACAUCGAGUGCUUCUCGUGGCUCAACCGCGCGCUCGAGUCGGACUUGGCGCCCGUGCUCAUCAUUGCGACCAACCGCGGCAUCACGCGCAUCCGCGGCACCAACUACAAGAGCCCGCACGGCAUCCCGAUCGAUCUCCUCGACCGGCUCAUGAUCAUCUCGACCAAGCCGUACAGCGAGGCGGACGUGCGCAAGAUCUUGAACAUUCGCUGCGAAGAGGAAGACGUCGAGAUGACGGACGACGCCAAGGACCUCCUCACGCGCAUCGCGAUGGAGACGAGUCUCCGGUACGCGAUCCACAUCAUCAUGACGGCGUCGCUCGUGUGCACCAAGCGCAAGGGUACCGAGGUCGACGUCGCCGACAUCAAGAAGGUCUACUCGCUCUUUGUCGACGUCAAGCGCUCGACGCAGUUCCUCAUGGAGUACCAGCACGAAUUCAUGUUCAACGAGAUCAACGACGACGUGGACGGCGACGAGGAUGAAGACAUGGCGUAAGAAGCAACCACCCAUUCUGUAGUCUUGUCUUCUCUGGUUGCAGUUCAACGACAGCACUGUCCUCCUG